UCAGUGGCAUUUAGAUCGUUCAGGCAUUCAGUAAUAAUCAGCACAAGAAUCAAUUACUUCUAUAAUAUUUCGUAUAAUUCUAAAUUUCUUGAUUAUUUACAAUUCUUUCAGAUUUUUUCUGUAGAAUAAAAGCCGCUUAAAUUUACACAAGCUGUAAUUAAUCGCAAUUUAAGUAGGGAAUUAUAUAUAUAAUUUGUAUAAUUUCCAUUGUAUAAAGAGAAGAAAAAGAAAGUGUUCAUGAUUUUAUAAUUAUUUAGCAAACAUGGCUGUUAGCAGUGGAGUCUCAUUUGUGUUAUCUUCGAUAUUGACAGUACUACUAUUCUCUGGAAUGCAAAUGUACAAAGUUUGGCUCGGUUCAUCACAGUUGGGGACUGUAUUGGGAGGAUGGGUCGGAUCAUUAUUGUUCAUGUGUACAUUAACUGCUGUGGGAAAUCUUGAAAGUACUUUAUUUGGAAAGUCCUUUCAACAGAAAUUACUUCCAGAAGUGGUUUUUUCACUGACUUUGAGCCUAAUUGCUUCUGCUCUGAUUCAUCGUGUAUCUACCACAACAUGUUUAAUAUUCUCUAUGAUUGCACUUUAUUAUAUGAAUCGUAUUUCUCAAGAAACAUAUGGUGUUUCUAUACAAAAUCCAGUAGUACAUUCUAAGAAACGCAAGUAAAUAAGUAUAAGAAAA